GAGCCAGGAGCCAGCAUGUCCCAUCCAGCAGUUACCCAGCUCAUCCGCCUGUAACUGUAGCAGGGAACUGGCAUGGGGCGCAGGGCUGGAGGUACCCGGAGUGGUGGUAAGGCAGGGCACCAUGCAUGCCAGUUUUAUAGGAUGGAUACUCAGGUAGACAGGCUGCAGGGCACUGCACAAACAAAGACCAGGGAUCAUGUAUCCAGACCUCAGGGUAGCUGCCCCCAGCUCUCCAGUACCGGGGAUGAUGUGGGGAGGGGAGAGUUAUCUUAUUUAUCUAGUGUCUGUGACUGGAGACAUUGUGGCACAUGCCAUUUGUUUAGAUACUUUGUUGCACUUUACAGCUUGUGUUUGUUGUGUUCUGUCACUGCUGCUCACAGACAGGAUGAUUCCAGUCAUGUGCUCUAUAAGGGGGAUUUAAUCACAGAUGGAGAGGAGGAGGGCUGGUCAGAUGGGCACCAGGAAACUAACCACAUGCCAAUGACUGAGCACUGGGAGUCCUCCUCAUUCCAGCCCUCCAGUACCUUCUCUGCAGCUGAGCUGGGGACCCUGCUUGCUGACUCUUACAGGGGUCCUGGGAACAAUGACAGCAGAAGUAACAAAGAACUGCCAAUCCUGCUGUGGUGGAGUGAGAACCUUUUCCCUCACUUCCCUGGGGAGACAGAGCGGAUAGAUUGCCCUGCAAGCUCCUGCUUGGUCACGAAGAACAAACAAGUAAAGCUGCACAAAAGGACUAAGUCUAUUAUCUUCUAUGGGACAGACUUCAGGGCCUACGAAGCCCCUCUGCCACGGCUGCCCCACCAGACCUGGGCACUGUUUCAUGAGGAAUCCCCAAUGAAUAACUAUGUCCUCUCACAUCUGCCAGGGAUUCGACUCUUUAAUUACACUGCUACCUUCAGAAGGGAGUCUGAUUACCCCCUGACCCUGCAGUGGUUGCCAACCAUUGGCUACUUGCAGAAUCCUGCAAUAACUAUGGAGGAAAAAAACAGAUGGCGCAAGAAUGGCUAUGCCCCAGUUUUGUACAUGCAAUCCCACUGUGAUGUCCCAUCAGACAGAGACAGAUAUGUUAAAGAGUUAAUGAAAUAUAUCCAGAUAGAUUCAUAUGGCCAGUGUCUGAAUAAUCGCCCUCAUCCAAGUAAAAGACUUGAGGAUACAUCUACAGCUACAACGGAAGAUCCAGAGUUUAUGAUGUUUACUGCCAGGUAUAAGUUCCACUUGGCCAUGGAAAAUGCCAUCUGUGAUGAUUAUAUGACAGAGAAGCUCUGGCGUCCAAUGCAUUUAGGGGCAAUUCCUAUUUACCACGGUUCCCCACCAGUACAGGACUGGAUGCCCAACCACCUUUCCAUUAUAAGGAUCGAUGACUUUGCUUCUCCAAAACAUCUGGCGGACUUUAUUCUGUCAUUGGAUGCAGAUGAUGAAGCCUACCUGAAAUAUUUAGACUACAAAAAGCCUGGAGGGAUCACAAACAAAUUCCUGCUGGACAAUAUGGAAAAGAGAGAAUGGGGAGUGAAUGAUAUGACGUCACCUAACUACCUCAAUGGGUUUGAGUGCUUUGUCUGUGAUAAGGAGAAUGCCAGAGUGGCUUCUGAGAAGGAACACAAGAAAACAAGGAGGAAGACUCCAGCCCCAGAACCAAGGAUAGCAGGGCAUAGCCAUAUGGGUUGUCCAAUGCCCGUGCCUGGGCUGGGGUCUCUGGAGGAGCUACCAGAAACCGACAGCUGGAAACAGAUGUGGCUGCAAGAUUUCUGGCAAAGUUUAGAUCAGGGAGAAGCCCUUACUAUUAUGAUUCUUCGAAAUGAAACCAGCCAGGAAAAAUUUUGGGAUUAUAUGCACGAAAUAUAUAUAAGACGAAACAUGCAUCACUGACCUUAACGUUUCUAGAUGUGUUUUUAAAGACUGUAAAUUAUAUUUUUACCUCUAAAUACUCAACCAAAAAACUGUAUGAUCACCAACUUCAGGAUUAUAUUGGAAACAAGCCAUUAUAAAGACACGUGGCCUGUGAUUUAUAAUGAUAUUUUUAUUAAAAAAAACAAAACCUUUGUAUUUCUUUUGAGAAGUAGAAAUUGAAGGAGUUGAUAUUUUUGCAAACAGUGUCACCCACCUCACAGGCAAAGCCCAAGACAGCUGCAGUGUUUGAGCAUCUUGAAAUACUUUUACUCAUAGAGAAACACGUUACACUUUAUUGUCCGGAACUGCAUGUGUGACUCUGCAUAUGACUACAAGGGAUUGUUCAGAGAGCAGACUGCUGAUCUCAUUUAUACAGUUUCAAACCAAAACAACCUAUUUAUUUGCCAAAAUAUUGUUUUUAACCAGAUGAAGAAUUUACCAAAAUGGUGUUAUACAGAAUUUGCACUGUUUUGUAAGGUUGGUUACCAGGUCAAUUUAGCCAGAACUGGAAGCAGAUAAGGGAUAUGUAAAUAUGAAGUAUAUAUUUAUUAUGAGGCAUAUUGCCAAUUUUCCUAUUAUUUGUUUAACCCGCUGGUUGCCAAAGAGAGCUCAGUGCAUUGCUAUAGUGAAUGGUGUUAGUUUUGCUUAUAGGGUAGGAGUAAUAGUUUAAAGGAGCAGUAAACCUAGAAAAUAAUGUUAUAUAAUUCUGCACAUAGUGCAGAAUUAUAUAACAUUAGCUUAGCGCCAGCUUUGUAAAGCAAAGGGUUAGAUAUAUAUUUUACCACGAAAACAGAACACCGCUCCUGAGCGGGUCUGUUUUCUUCUCCUAAUCGCAUCGUGGCACGUUGUCUACCAGAGCGGGAGCGAGCUACAUUGAGUUUAAUAGCGCGAUCGGGCACACCGUGACUAGACAGCAUGCCAGCGAUACGCUUAGGAGAAGAAAACGGAUUCGCUCAGUAGAGCCAGGAGCGCGUUCUGUUUUUGUUGUAAAAUAUCUCUCUAACCCUUUGCUUUACAAAGCUUGGCGCUAACUAUGUGCAGAAUUAUAUAACAUUAUUUUCUAGGUUUACUGCCCCUUUAACAUCAGCAACAUGUAAACAGAUAGCUAUGAUAAAGAUAUACAGAAUCUGAAUGUGGACGACAAAAUGCUUAGCAAGCCCCUGUACUGCAAAUCCCCUCAUAUUGGUUAAAUAAACAUUCCAUACAAGUAACCAAGAUUUGUGAGAACUGAGACUUAAGCUAAAGUUAGACUAGCCAACCUCACUAACUGCACUUCUCACAACUUGUGCAGUUGAUUGGGAUUAGGGAAAAAAACAACAACGUAUGGAGGUGGCGCCUACGGCUGUCUAACUGUAUAGUUGAUCUGUUAAAUACCUUGAUUAAGUAUAGAUUAUAAGUCAGUCCAAAUACAGUAGUGAGAAUAAUGUGUGUAUAAUUUUAUAAAUGGAAUGAAUGCACAUGCAAAUUGCUAUAAUGAAUAAAGUGGUUUCAAUUUAUUAAUAUUUGCAUAUAAAAGCGGUUAUUUGUAACAUACUAAAUGAUAAAAAAUGAUAAAAAGAAAAAAUGAUCUCUAAAUGUAACACCGGUGUUAUAAAAAAGCUUAAAAUAUUACUAGCUUCAAUCAAUAAAAAACUUUAAAAUGGUAACAUAAUGCAAUAGACCUCUCUGGAUCACUCUGAUAUAACGAUAGAAUUAUGUACAAUUUUAGAUGCACAAAUUGUUGGUGAUUAUUUCAUCAAUACAUCGAUCACUGUAAGAUAGAGCAGAGUCUAUAAGUGUAAGUCGGUUUUGCUUAAUAUUAUGAUAGCCACAAUGGUAAUGUCCUUGUUUUGCACUUCAAGUUUGUAAGUUAUCUUCAGUGUAGAUUAAAACAUUACAACAUGUCAGAAACAAGAAAAGCCUCAAGCGGUGUCUCUCACUAGCCCAAUGAUUCAGCUGUGGGGGUGGAGUCUCUAUUUCUGCCGCUUAUAUUUGAAAGUUAUACCAAUCCAAUUACGAUUGUUAAGUUGUAAACAAAGUCUCUAUUUUAAGUGUGCACACUUACGAUGUUUUCCUCAGCUCCUUCAAUAUGCUCCUACCGUUUUUCCUGCUUGUAUAGAUGAUUUUAAUCACAAGUGGUGUAGCGGUUCUGGGAGCUGGAGCAAGACGCCAAAAAAAUCAGCUGAGUGUCCUCCUUCGUGUCGGGUAACAGGUUCUACGCGUUUCAGCUCUCCAGGGAGCCUUUGUCAAGAUACCUGUUUCCGGCUAUCUCUCUCUAUUUAAAGGGUUUUUUGUUAUUAACCCUAGAGUGUCCGAUUUUUGUUUGUUUGCAAUCAGCAUUUGUUUCAUAUAUAAACCGACUUAUUUCCUUCUUAUACCUUAAAACAAUGCCAAGUGAUCAGUAUCUUCAUCAGCGUGAACUCAAUAUUAGUACAUAACCAUCUGUAGAAAACACACUAUAUAAAAUAACCGUAUAGAGAUCUCCUAUUUUUAGAAAUUAUUAAUAAUCUAUAAAUUGUGUUGUCAUAUAGCAAUCUGCAUUUGCCUGUGUGAAUGAAUUUACAAUUAUUAAGUAAUUACUGAAAAAUCGUUAAAACUAGAAAAUAUAUAUAUUACAAUUUGCACUAGCCCCUAAAAAACAGGCUGGAUUCGAACUGGGGACUUCAUAGUUGGUAAACCAUUGACACUACCACUAUACUACCAUAGGUUUUCUAUUGUUAAUUGUUUUUGGGCUAUUAGAUAAACUUAUUUUAUUUCUCAAAAUGAAAUCCCAAAAGUAAUAACUCUCUCACAGCAUAGGGUGGAUUAGAACCCGUAGCCUCAAGGAAGGGAGACAAACGACUAUACCAGUAUUGCUUUAUUUGUUAUAUUCCAGUAUUGCUUUAUUUGUUGCACAUAAAGAGAACACUUUAAAAUGUAUUACAUUUUUUUUGUAAACCAGAAGAUGUUACUGCCCUGAAAAAAAAGAGAAUAGUUUUAUGCUUGUCACUUGUCAACCAAUAAAACAGUAAGAGUUGUGCUUAUCAACCAAUGAGCAAUCAGCCUUUAAUGACCAGUUUUACACAGAUGUGCACUUCCUGUUAUGUUCAAAAUAAAUCACUUUAACAUAA